AGCUAGAAACAGGAAGGAUGCGGGUGGCUGUUUGAGGACUCAUAGGUUGUGUGCAUUGUCGCAAUCGAGAGAUACACGUCUUACCUAUAAAGAAACAUCACAAAAGAGUACAGGGGAAAUGUUGACAUGUAAGAGCAGAAACUGCAAGCCUUUUUAAAACCACACGGGAGAUAAACUCACCAGCUUCUCAGUGCAUGGAUCACAAGAUUUAAUACAAUUGAUUAUCUCCUGUCUUAAAGCUGAUGUAAAAGCCAUCAAGAUUGCACAGAGUUGGGCAGAGCAGAAUCUGGGUGAAUCAGGAAAAUUUUAGGACUUGUUAAAAGAAAACAACUUGCUUAAUAAAACACAACACUGCCAGUCAAGCAAAUUGUCCAACUGGGUUUGCAAGUUGUAGAGACCAAGAUGCCGAUCUUAAAGCAGCUAGUAUCAGGCUCAUCUCAGACUAAGCGGCGCUCUCGUAUGGACCUCACUACCGAGAUGAUCAGCGCACCCUUAGGGGACUUCCGGCACACCAUGCACGUAGGACGAAGCGGGGAAGCUUUCGGGGAUACCUCUUUCCUCAGCACUCGAUCUGGAGAGCCAUCGCAAGAAGGCCACACCUAUCCUCGCUCUCCAAAACCGGGACUGCUGUCUCGUACCUUCAGGAGCAGCAAGCGUUCACAGUCUGUCACGAGAGUAGACCAGCGAGAGAACACCCUCCUUCCUCCAAGUGGGUCACCUACUUUUGUAAAGAAUGCCAUGUCCCUGCCCUUCCUCAACAAUGAAGAGGGACAAGAUGGAGAUGGCAGGGUGCUCAAGAGCUUGACCUCCAGCCCUUCCAAUGGAGCUUCUGCUAAUGCAUUGGACCUGGAGCUCCAUGAGAGGCACUUUGGGGUGUUGACAGAACUACGACCUUUCCCAUCUUACAAUGGGGGAGGUAUGAAGAAGGCUGAAUCUGUGAUGUCAUUCCAUAUCGACCUUGGGCCCUCUAUGUUAGGGGACAUCCUGGGGGUCAUGAAGAAAGAAGAUGAUGACCAAGAGUUUGAGGAAGGAAAGUGCAGUGAAGGCCAUGCGUCACCUCUUCCCAGCAACCACGAAGGAGUGGAAGAGGAUGAGGAGAUGAGGGAGGACAUAAUCAAAGAAGAGAAACCAGAGGAUUUUGUGGUCGAUGAUGAGGAACCCAUGAGGGCUCCCAGUUCUGUUGACCUCGAGAUCCAGAGUGAAGGCCCCAGAACUCCAGAACCACACCACAAACACCUGCAUCACCCUGACAGCUGCUCAGUCUCAAGCUCAGGUUCGGCUGCCAUGGAGGACAAACCAACCAAUCAGCCUUACGAAGAAGACAUGGGUAGGACCGACAAAGCCUGCAACCUGGACAAUGAACCAGCAUUCUCUUCCUUCAUAGAGGAUGAGGAUGAUGAGAUCAGAGUAUGAAACCCCACAAUCAGUAAACAUUUCUGGGGAUCGAGAGACAGAAUUUGUGUUUCUGACAUUGUGUAAAAGAGACAUAAUUGCUGCCGGGUGGUAAGUGUGAAGUCAGGGUGUAGAUGUAAGCACGUCAAAGCUGGACAGAUGUCUCAGGUUCCUUUGUCCCUGUAGAGUGAAGUUGGGGAGACUGCUUUAGCUCAGACACCAAAGCCAUCUGUCAACACUAUUCACCAACUGUAAGAAUCGCAGCUGGAUGUGUUUAUAUUCAGACAGAAGAUCAGUCCAAAAGGGACGCUUUGUGUGUUCUACUGAUAGCUCUGCUGAAAGAAACGUGGUCAGGGUACAUACAUCACUGAAAUAAUAAACUUCACUUGCUCAAGUGGAUGCAUUUAUAAGCCAUUCUCCUGUACUCCAUAGUCCCAUGUCUUGUUGCCUAAAGAUAUUUGUUCUUUUUGGAUUUGGAGCGCUAGUGCAUAAACGUAAAUCAUAUAAUUUGCUCUGUGGCCCUAUGUAUGUUAACUCUGUGCAUAAAAGUGCUGUAUAUUUUCAAUUUAAAAUCAGCACGCUUCCAUUGACACAAUGGAUAAUGUUAAGCAUAGAGGUAACUCGUGUUACAAGCAAGCUGAACUGGUCAUGUCUGGUCUUAAAUGCUGAGUUCUGUUUUAUCAUACAUAUCCUUGGGUUUGGCCAUUUUUAAGUCCUACAAAUAAUGUAUCUCUCGAGUGCAUAUAAUUCAGUCAUACAUCCAAUAAGAUGAUGCCAUUAUGAGAGCUACUGUGAUUCUGAAGCGCUGGAAAUGUUCUUGUGAUGGAGGUCACAAACUGCAGCAGUCUGAGCUGGAAUGGAGAUGCUUUGAAAGUGGCAGAUUUUGGAGAACCUUCUUCACCCUAUUUUGGUUCACUAUUGGGGAAAAAUGGCAACAGGUGUUCUUUAAUCAGAUCUCAUUUUUCAGUCCAUUCUUGUUUUGCAUAGUAGCUGUCAGCUCAGUAUCUUGCAUAUCUCACCACUUCCUUCCUGCUCUUCAUGGCACUUGAGGGAAGCCACUUAGCUGUGUUUCUCACUGGAGUUUUGAUCAGUCUAGCUGUGUCACUGUAAUUGAAUCGUUUAAACUAUUGGGUUAAGCAAAAUGUAUUUUGUAAAUUUAAACUAAGAAGCCAGUUAUGGCUGGUCAUAUAUUCUAGUAAACAUGGAAAUGUCAGUUGUUUUAAUUGUGCUAACUCUGGCAUUAACAAAUUACACUGCUAUUGUGCCCCAGGAAAUUCGAUGGGGCGGUUUGAUACACUGUUGGGCAGAGACACUAAUCUACAUUGAUUCUGUUUGCAUACAUUGACUUUUCAUUAAUAUAGAGUACAUAUAGGUCUAUAUAUGUUGCAGAUGACCAUGAAUAAACUAAAAUGAGGCCUUUAUUAUAGAAGACAUUUUUGCUUUUUGUGUAAUCACUCAGUAUGUGAGUUAACUGCCGUAGUCUGUAAGCUUUUUGUUCCUGAAUUAAGGGUCAGGCAUUGUGUCGAUAUCCUCAAGACUACUGUAAUUUUACAUCUGACAAGAUUUAUAGGGAAUCUUCAACCGCUUCACACUAAGGGUCACUUCAGCCUUAAGCAGAAAUUAUGUAAGUGCCAAAUAGCAUGUACUGCCUAGUAAGCCUGACAUUUGAGUAUCAUUUUACACAUGCUAACAGAAUUUGCCUUAAUUUACUAUUUCAGAUAUAGGACCAAAUGAUCAAUCUCAAUUUGAUUAUUGUGGUAAAAAAAUGCUUAGCAAAAAAUAGUCUAAUUUGCUUUCAGAUGAACCACAGAGAAAGAAAAACAUGCUCUUCGCAAUUUAGAUGAAUUUGCAUGGCCUUGUGCUAGCAGUCAUUUUUAAAUUUGGGAAGAUAAAACCAAGCAAAAAAGAUGUCGGAAAUCUGAAACUGUGUGGCUGAAUGUGUGAGGUGGAUUUAGCAGUGUUUCUUUUUGCCUUUUACCUGUUCAUAAUAAAACUUGUCUCGUUUAUCUUUGCUACAAUUUUCAUGUUGGCCAUGUAUAAAUUCAAGCUUGCCAGCUUUUUCAAAAAGGCUAUAACUGCUGUAUUUUUAAAUAAAAUAAAAAGUUGUCAGCAAAAUUGUUUUUCUUCAUUUUACAGAGUUUUCUUCUGUAAUCCAUAAGAGAUUGUUAUUUUAUGAUGGUCUGGUGGAUUUGUGUCACAGC